AAAAUGUCAGUGCGUCUUAUGGAGCGAAUAUGGAGUGGCCGGUCCGGUAUUUCCACCGUCGCCGUGUCAGAAUACCGGGCCGGCCGCUCAGCUCUGCAGCGGGAUCUUAUGGAGAUGACUGCUGACCUUUGGGGAGGUGGGGAGCGGGUACCUGAAUUUGACAGGUACCCGCUCUUACUUCCGCGGAGUUGUUCUUUGACCUUACCUGUUCCUGUCAGCAGUCAUCUCCUGUACUGUCCGCAGUCUCUGGUCAUCCCUGUGCUGUCCGCAGUCUCUGGUCAUCUCCUGUACUGUCCGCAGUCUCUGGUCAUCUCC